CAGCUGUGUGACUGCUACACCAGCUGUGUGACUGCUACACCAGCUAUGUGACUGCUAAACCAGCUAUGUGACUGCUGAACCAGCUAUGUGACUGCUGAACCAGCUGUGUGACUGCUAAACCACCUAUGUGACUGCUAAACAAGCUGUGCGACUGCUAAACCAGCUGUGUGACUGCUACACCAGCUAUGUGACUGCUAAACCAGCUAUGUGACUGCUAAACCAGCUAUGUGACUGCUAAACCAGCUAUGUGACUGCUAAACCAGCUAUGUGACUGCUGAACCAGCUGUGUGACUGCUAAACCACCUAUGUGACUGCUAAACCAGCUGUGUGAAUCGCUGGGUAACAUGGUGGCACUGGACUCAGUUGCUGGUAUGUGAGCUAUUGGAAUAUUAAGUGAUGAGAAGUCAGACAUGUAAGAUGCACUGCAACUUGCUGCUGAAUGGUUUGGGUGCAGAAAAGUGCUCGUUGGUGGCAUAGAGAGCGACUGGAGGCAACGCACGUACUUUCAAGAGAAACGCGGAGACCACGCCCCUGCACCACGCCGAUUGGGUACAAUAUCCCGGCUGGUUAUGAGUCAGCUUAUAUAAGGAGGUUCGAGAGUAAAGCGUCCAUUUCUUUUUCUUUACGCCGGAAGUAGAAUAGUACCGUGUGAGAGUACCAAUGCCGAGGCAUGGCUUGCCGCUCUAACUUCUCUUUAGGGGAGAUACGGAAAAUGCACUGUGUGCUGAGUGAGACGAAACAAGACAAGAGAAAGGGAUUCCUACCUGUUAUUCUCCGCAUCGGGUUCUGCGUGAAUACUCAGGAGCCUCCGGCCCAGGAAACCUCUAGCCAUUUCUGUUGGAAUGCCGUGGUGACUGGCUGAGAAGCAGGGAGCAACGAUGGGCAUCAUGGAUUGGUACUACCGUACCCUUGCCUUGUACCCAAGUAACCUUACUGCCCCUCUCUCUUAUUGGCACAAGGGGACUGCUUUUCAAUUGGACUUGGUCAGAGCUUACCCCGAGAUGCAAGCCAUUCAUACUGAAAUGAGCACAGGAAUUGUUAUGGCCUCAAUGGCUGCCAGAACCAUGCAAAUGUUGCUGUCUUUGGCAAAAACGCUUGGCUACCAAAGGCACUGGUACUGGAAAUGGUCUCCAGCUGCCUGGAUGGGGAAAGCAGCCAGAGCAUUGGUGUAUUUAUGUUUUGGUCUGCUUGGAUCCCUGGUAGAAAUGGACAGCUCAAUCUCAGUGAGAUUCUUUUGGAUAGGUCUGACAGAACCUCCUACACAAAACCAUAUUCCGCAAAAGGAAAAAGGCUUGAGUGUAAUAAAGCUUAUUCAGGACAUGCAGCUUGUGACUCUUAAUUGCAAUUGUGAUGAUCAGGGCUUCAUGGAGAAGCUGCCACACAAAGAAGCCAUCCUGUCCUCCUGUACAAACCCAAUUAUACUGUCUAUGGUUUAUCUGCCGUCUGAUGAUGAGGAUGCUACAAGCACAUCGGAAGCAUCAGAUAUAAAUCAGUUGGAAGAGGAAGAUGAGCAGCUGUGGGAGGAGGAGGAGGUGGAUGAGGAAUCCUGCUCUACUGAAAAUAAUAUAUCAACGGACAGUGGCAUGCAAGAGCCCUGGACCUCUGGCUCUAAAAAUGACACUGAGGAGAGUGAUUGGUCUGAUGAAGAGAGUGAGUGGUCCGGCGAGGAGAGUGAUUGGUCUGAUGAGGACUCCUGGGGCUCUGACAGUGACACAGAGAGUAGCAAAUUUAAUGAAGAUCUGUGGGCAUCUUUCUGCAGAAAUGAUGAUCCAUACAAUCCUCUGUGUUUUGCCAUGCCCACAAAGAGUGCACAGAGACCCCACGGACCAAAGAAGGAAGUAACUGGUAUGAAAGACUCUGCUUUAGGGGGCAGUGUUGCAUAUUCAGUGUUAUUAGGGGAGUCUGGAGCCGAGGCAAAAAACAAGAACUGUAGAAAUCCCACAGCGGAUAAAAGACAAAACCCCUGCAUUAAACCCUUGUCUCCCAGUUCUGGAGAACUGGCACAAGAAAAUGCAGACUUACUUGAACUUUCAGAUGAACCCAAGAAACUUGAUGGGGGCUUUAUUAAAAGAGUGCAUUUCUCACCCACAGUCACAGUGCAUCACAUGGUGGUUUGGAGCUAUGCCUACAGAAUGGCCCGCAAAGGACCAUGGGAAGAAUACGCAAGAGAUCGCUGCCGUUUCCAGAGGCGCAUUGCUGAGGCAGAAGGUGUCAUUUCAUACCUCUUGGAAACCCAGCACAGAGAGAAAAUCUGGGCUCGUCUCCAAGGAAACAAUGAGUAGUGACGGCUUUAUGUGGUCCAUUUGAAUUUUAAUCCUUGUAGUGAGGGGUCAGGGGAAUGUACCCCUGGCUGCUCUGCAUUAUUAAACAGAACUACAUAGUUACAGUUGUCCAGUUAAUUUUAUUUUAACAUAUCCCAUAAUAUAGGGGUAAUCUCAUAGAAGAUGCAACGUUUCUGCCACUUCAUAACAGCCAAUGAGCAAGCAGGAUUUACUUGUCUGCUGUUUAAUAGCAAAAAAAUCAGAUUAGUGAUGUGGGGGGCUAUCACUAAUACCGCUGUAUUAAGCAUAAUCUUACAUGCCAACACUUGCAGUGCACUGCUGUUUGACCAUGUUUUAUAAAGCCCAGGUAUUUACCAAAUGCAGAUAUAUUUUCCAAUAUAUGUAUAUUUUUAAUACAAAUGUGCCAAUGAGAGAAUUGUUUCCUUUUAUAAUUUGUGUUUUGUUUCUUGGGCUGCACAUACUUUUUUUUAUUUCUAUGGAAUAAUUUAUUUGAAUCCUAUGAUUGUGAAUAGGAAGUUCUUAUUGGGAGGGGAGGUAGGACUGGUGUUACUGUAUAUAGGGGUGUAUUUAUCAACAUGAGAUACAAACAUCACUGGUGAUGUUGCCCAUAGCAACCAACCAGAUCUUUGCUUUAGUUUUCUAACUUAUGGAUAGCCAUUCAAAUCUGAUUGCUGAUUGGUUGCUAUGGGCAGUAUCAGUGGUGAUGUUUGUCUCCAAUGUUAUUUAGUACAGCCAAAAGUGUAGGUUUUCUGGUCACUGCUGUAUGUUGUCAGAUCCCUGGCUAAACCAUAUUCAUUUGGUUUGAGUGGGCUGAAAGCAAUCACUAUGCAGGGCCUGACUGGGAGGAAAGGGGCCCUCACUGUGUAGCAAUGUUAGGGGCCCCUGCUGAGAGGGGGAACUAUAUAAAAGAGGGACGACCUGUGGCCCUCUGACGCUUGUGGAAUUGCUACUGACAGCAUUCACCUUACAGCCACUGUCUGAUUCAGAACUGCUGGAGGGCCACAGGUUGGGCACCCCUAAUGUGUAUAUAUUGAUAUUAUCUAACAGUUGUUACAUAUUCUUUGUAUUUACAAUAUUCAGUCUGAAAGGGCCUCUUAAUGCUGGCAGCCCUGAUUGAAUAACCCUUUCACCCUACCCUAAACCAGCCCUGUUCCCUGUAAUAUAUGUAAAUAUGUAUAUAGUUGUGAUAACAAAUCAGUUUAUAUUGGAAAUGUUAUUAUACAGUUGAUCUUUAUCCUGAAAUACAUUGCCACUUCAUCCCUUAGGGCUAAGGCCGUUUAGAAUGGGAGUUGCCUGUGGGCAAUAUAACUGUAAGCAGAUGCCAGCCUUGGCACUUGUUUGAGUAGGUGACCAUCUCAUACCCCCUGUAAGGCACUGGGCAGUGUACAGUAUCCUGAGUGGGUGCUGUAGUGGUAAGGGGGGGAGGUGCUUGCAAUCUAUAUACCUUGCUCCUGUGAAAUAAAUCUGCUGUAGACUGAAGUGGAUUACCAAGUAGCUCUGCAUUAUUCAUAUUUUUAAAGGUGCUUAGUUUAAAUAAGAGGAGAUGAGACGUCAAGUUGGUUCUGAAACAGUUAAUAUUAAUGUCUUCUGCACUGACCGUCCCCCGUUCGCAUGUUUCUGACUACCGGAAGCAUUAUGAUUUAUCAACACAAAGUUAUACAUAAGCUUAUAGAAGGGGAUACAAGUUACACUAAAUCCAUUGGACUUUCAGUCAGGGGGAAAACUGCACCAUGAAAAUGUGGGUGCCUGUUCUAGAAUGCAUUUGUUGCUUUGUCUGUUGCGAAGUUGUUUACAUUUGCUGUGAAAUACAUUUUAAGGUACUUAAUAAAAACCUUGUUAAGUAAAUGAA